AACGAUGAAACGUUUUCUUCUAGUUGUGAAUAUCCUGGCAUUAGCUGUGCCUUUUUUGGCUGCAGAGGUGCCAAACCAGGAACAAUCAGCAUGCUGUGAAAAUGAUGAAAGACUGUUUAAUCAAAAAAAAGUCCUAUAUAUUCUAAGUCAUCCUGUGCUGAACAACUAUCUUCAUAAUGCACGAAAUUACUACCAAAAUAGAGCAGUUGUACCAAUUAACAAUCCAUAUAAAUGUGACCCAUAUUAUGCACAAUCAUUUGUAUUUAGACCACAAGCCCCAAUUCCCCAGUGGUCAGUCCUGACAAAUGCCCACCAGUUUACUAUGCUACAUCGCCCCACCAAAUAUCCAUCAUUCAUGGUCAUUCCUGCAAGGAAAAUUCCAGAAGAAGCCGCUAUACCUACUACUGACACCAUGGCUACUCUGGAGCCUACCCCAGUUCCUGUCGCAGAGCCUGCAACAAACACUGCAGACUUCUCAGGAGCAUCCGCAAAGUUUGUCCACACCCCUGAGACGUCUACGGUCCCAGCUACUUCACCCAUGGCAUAAAAACAGUAAGGAAACAUCAAAA